AUGGUGUUUUUACAGAGGCCUGUGUCCGUCUGCAGUGAGAGUUGUCCAACAGGUUUCCGGCAGGCUGUGAUUAAAGGGAAACCCAUCUGCUGUUUCUCCUGCAUUGCCUGUGCUGCGGGAGAGAUCACCAAAUCCAACAAUUCUGCCGAGUGUUCGCCAUGCCCACUGGAGUACUGGUCAAAUGAAGAUCACAGCCAGUGUGUUCCAAAGGUGAUCGAGUUCCUAUCUUAUGGCGAAACCAUGGGCGCCCUGCUCACUGCUUUCUCGUUGUUUGGAGCGAUUUUAACACUGGUGGUGUUGUGUGUAUUCUUCCGGUUUCGUCACACACCUCUUGUCAAAGCCAGUAACUCUGAGCUGAGCUUUCUGCUGCUCUUCUCCUUGACUCUGUGUUUCCUGUGUUCCCUGACCUUCAUAGGUCAGCCCACAGUGGUGUCCUGCAUGCUGCGACACACAGCAUUCGGCAUCACCUUUGCCUUGUGCAUGUCUUGUAUCUUGGCUAAAACUAUAGCAGUGGUGAUGGCUUUUAAGGCUACAAGGCCGACUAACACACUUCCUCAGUGUUCUGCUGUGCUUCAGAGAACAAAUGUUCUCAGCUGUACUUUACUGCAGGUGUUGGUCUGUGUGCUGUGGUUAACCCUUGCCCCACCAUUCCCCUACACAAAUACAGCUCAUACCACUGAAAGGGUUAUUCUAGAGUGUAAUGUAGGUUCACCUAUAGGGUUCUGGGCUGUGUUGGGGUAUAUAGGACUCCUGGCUGUGAUGUGCUUAAUCCUUGCUUUUCUGGCUCGAAAGCUGCCUGAUCAUUUUAAUGAAGCUAAGUUCAUCACCUUCAGUAUGCUAAUAUUCUGUGCAGUAUGGGUCACUUUUAUUCCUGCAUAUGUUAGCUCUCCUGGGAAGUUCACUGUGGCUGUGGAGAUAUUUGCCAUUUUGGCCUCUAGCUUUGGAUUGCUCUUCUGUAUAUUUGCUCCAAAAUGUUAUAUUUUACUGUUAAGACCAGAGAGAAAUACUAAAAAACAAAUGAUGAGAAGAAACUAA